CAAUGAGAAUGAUCAGAGCGAACAGCAAUUGGUUCAGACGGAUCUCUUGAGUCCCAGAAUUUACUACAGCCAUCAUCACCACAUGUGGCCAAGUAAUAUUGUUUAUUAGGAUUAAAAUCUACAUCCCUGUUAACAAGAGUAAAUGUCAACACCUUUUAACAAAUAAGCAUCAUAAGGUAUUUGUAUCCAAUGAGAAAGAAUUUAUCCAUAAACUACAAUAUUUCUCUAAUUUCACUUUUAACACAAAAAAAAAUUAGGAAUAUUAACAUAUUAAACAGAUUCCAAUGAAUGUCAAAAAUUUGACCAUUUAUGAUGACUUUAAUGAAUCUCUUGAACAAGGUAGUGCUUAAAACUAUAAAAAAAUUAAGACCAAAUACUAUUUAAUUACUAUAUUCAUUAAAUUUCAACCUUUACUCAUAAAUAUAUCCACCUGUACAUGCAACAUUCUCCCAAAUGUCCUAUGCUACUUGCAAUACUAAUAAAUACUUUGAAAUGUAACUUGUGAUUCAAAAGUACAUUCUGGCAAAGACCUGACCUCACGAGUUGGCAAUGAGCACUCUCAAUGCUCCAGGCUGGUGUCUGUGGAGAUCGCAGAUCCCAACUGCGAACGUGGCUAUCAUGGGCAGUAGCAAACUGGGAAUAAUUGUGGUGAGGAUUCCAUUUCCCUGUAGUGAAACGUGGAUGUCCUUUGCCCUCAAGAGACACAGUGGUAGUUACCUAAGUAACCAAGAAGACAUGAAGAAAAACAGAUUUUUAUUUAUUUUUGUAACUUUACUUUUUACAUACAUACAUUCCCCAAAUUUACAAAUUCAUGAAAAUUUUGGGAAAAGAAAAGGUAUAUGAAACUGUGCUGAUACUGCAGAUAUUAAAUUAAGAAAAAUAUUUAUAGCUUCAAUAAUGCUGUAGGAGAGAAGUUGAAUUGUAGCAAUUUUUACACAUGUAUACAUUUAAAUGAAAAUAAAACUAACAAUCUUGUAUUUGGGCCAAAAUUUUAAGCAAAAAAUUGGAACAAUAUUUUUAGAAAGCUUUGGAAACGUAUGAAUUCAUAUACAAUACAAAAUUCAUGCUUAAAAAUUGAUAUUUCCCAAUUG